GCCGGUCGCGGUCCCCGUGCGCGUCCCCGCGCAGCAUGGCCGGGCUGGGCGGCGGCCCCGGCGCCUUCGGGCGCUGCACGCACGCCGUGGUGCGGGCGCUGCCCGAGUCGCUUUGCCGCCAGGCGCUGCGCAGCGCCGCCGGCCCCGAGGUGGACUUCGCCCGCGCCGAGCGGGAGCACCAGCUGUACGUGGGCGUGCUGCGGGGCAAGCUGGGGCUGCGGGUGCUCGAGCUGCCGGCGGACGAGAGCCUGCCCGACUGCGUCUUCGUGGAGGACGCGGCCGUGGUGUGCGAGGAGACGGCGCUGCUCACCCGCCCGGGCGCGCCCAGUCGCAGGAAGGAGGUUGAAGCCAUGAAGAGAGUACUAGAAAGUCUUAACCUCAAUAUAGUAGAGAUGGUCGAUGAAAACGCAACCUUGGAUGGUGGAGACGUCUUAUUUACAGGCAGAGAAUUUUUUGUGGGUCUUUCCAAGCGGACAAAUCAACGUGGUGCAGAAAUUCUGGCUGACACAUUUAAGGAUUAUGCUGUCUCCACAGUCCCUGUUCAUGAUUCUUUGCACCUGAAGAGUUUCUGCAGCAUGGCUGGACCAAACCUGAUCGCUAUUGGAUCAAGUGAAGCUGCACAGAAAGCCCUCAAGACCAUGCAACAGAUGAGUGACCAUCGCUACGACAAGCUGACGGUGCCCGACGAUGCCGCCGCAAACUGCAUCUACUUAAACAUUCCCAGCAAAGGCCACGUCCUGCUGCACCGAGCCCCCGAGGAGUACCCGGAGAGCGCAAAGGUUUUUGAAAAACUGAAGGACCACAUGCUGAUUCCAAUAGCCAACACAGAACUGGAGAAAGUAGAUGGGGCACUCACCUGUUGCUCUGUGCUUAUUAACAAAACUUCAGAAUUAUGAGUUUACAGAGUCCCUCCCUUGUAACUGGCAAUAAUGUUACACACAAGGUAGACGAAUCUGUAUCCACACUUCUAUUGUUUUUAUUGACAAUCUACUGUACCACUGUGCUACUAACCCUUGUUUACAAAUUUUUUGCUUUGUGUAAUUUUAUUAUGUCCUUGCAGAUGGUAUUUAAGGUGGAUGUAUGCUUUUCUUGAGGGGCACAUAACUCUGAAGCAUGUUAGUCCCAUGGGCUAGCAGAAGACACUUAUAACGGCUAACCCCUCACAUUAGUGAUUUAACUUAUCUGUGUGAAAAUUUUAUGAAAACCAACUAAUUCUCAGCACUUCAAGAACCUCUGUUGUCUCUGUACUGUUGCCUUCUCCUGUCUUUUUCUCUGGCUUCCUUGAUCUGCGUCUUUUUUUCUUUCUUCAGUCUUUCAUCUCUCUUUCUCUCUUUCAGUAAUACAAGGUGUUGGUGGGGACUAAAGAAAGUUCAGGGGGCUCAUGAACUUGGUAUCUUGUGUGGUUGGGAAGCUGGAACAGUGGGCAAUAGACUGCUCGCUGCCUCAGCCAUAUCACAUUGCUGCUGCUGGGCAGAAUCGUGCCUAGAAUCAGUUUCAGACGCCAGGUAGCAGUUUUGGAAAAAGCUUUCUCUGAUGGGAGCAUUCAAGGGCAAUGUCUGCCUGGGAAACUUGGAUGACAGAAAAAGAAAUCGCAGUGCAGCCACAUACGAUGUCCUGCAAGUUCAGGUCCUGGUUUGCUGCUAAUGCUCUGUCUUUCACUUUAGUGAGAAUGAAAGAGGAGGUUUUUUUAAAGGCCAGAUCCCAGGGAGCACCUGAACCACAAAAAUGAGAAGUUCAGAUGCUCUUGGAAAAGUUAAAACUAUGAAAGUAAGCAAUUUUUAAAAAAUUUUGUGUCUUUGUCCCUCUUUUCUGCUAUUUUCUUUUCUUUUGGAGGCCACAUACUAGCAAAAUUCAAAAGGAAAGGCUGAUAGAAUGAGUUGAAGGACAGUUAUUCCUGGAUUAUGCUCAUGAAUAAGGGAAGCUAUUGUUUCCUGAAAGAUUGGCAUGUGUACUUUAUCUGCCCUUGGGGUAGUUUUCCUUGGAACAAUGACCAUCUUAUUUUUUUAAUUGCAUGAAUAUUUACUGUGGUAUUCAGUUAAAACAAAUACAGUUUUUGUAGCAAAUUCCACAACAUGUUUACCCACUGAGUCAUACUUUUUUUUUCACCACAGUAAAGUGAAGCAUUCCCCAUUGUAUUCACAUGCUUCUUGGUAAACCAUUUGUAAACUAAGGAUGGAGAAAUUCCCAAACAGAGGCAACAGUGGGAACUCUCCGGAGACUGACGAAUAGUCUGAACAUGUUAUCGACUUCCUAAGCACCUCCUCCACCUUUCCUGAACCACUUGUGGCGUGUUUCUGAGGUAUAGUCAGAAGUGAGUGGCAGGAGGGGGAUGCUGCAUUCUGUAGCACAGCAAAUAGUAUUAACCGAGCGCACACUUUGGUAUCCUUUGGAAACCCACCUGAUUUUUCACACAAUCAUAAGGUGGGAAACACAAGUACAUAUAUGUAUAGGUUCUCCACAGGGCAUUUCUCACCCCACGUCAGUAGCUAACGUGGAGCAAACAUCCUGGCAGCCAUCAGGAUGCAUCUCAUGUCUGGGUGCACUGUACGUUGUGAUGACACGAGGCACCAUGAGGGAGAGAACAAUGAUGAGCAAAUAAAAUGUAUGUAAAAAGAUAUGUCCCAAAGGAGGUCUUUCACCAGCCAAACAGCAGGUGUUUUUAUGGCUGUGUGCUGUCUCAAAGGAUUCUUCUGAUGUUUCUCCUUUGUCUCCUCCAUUUCCAUGAGCCACAAUUUCAGCCUGAACUACAUGAUCAGGCUCUAAAGAUGUAAAUGUUGCAGAGGGAAAUCACCGUUCUCCCCUUCCCUCAGUGCUUUUUAUGUAUCUGGUAGAGCAUCUUACAUUUUAAAGUGAAUUGAUACUAAACAAAGAUUUUGUGCCAAAAAAUAACCCUAUACUAUUUAACUAUAACUUCUAGAGCCAAGCUUUAUGCUUAAAAACAUCUGUAUCUGUGGGAGCUGUUGUACAAAGCCCGAACAGAACCCCCGACCUGUCUGUACACCCAGGGCCUGGCUGUACCUUGCCCCAUCUUUCUGCUUCAAUCCCUCUCCAUCAUCUCAGUGGGGAGCGGGAGCAUCCAGCUGUCCUGUGCCAGUUAGCCUGUGGGGUUUCCAUUCAAUUCAAGUCUCAAACUUCUUGUUGCAUUUUUCCACUCUCUUCCUCAGACUACAGCUUCUAGUUUAUGGUACAACAGGCACUUUUCUCUUUUAACUCCAAGUGAAUUUUCCUUCUGUUGCCUCAGUUCUCCUACUUCUGUCUUCUUUUUCUGCACUCCCGUCUCCGUGCUGUUCGCUUCAUAGUGAAUGGUCCUUAAUUCUCUCCCUCCUCAAGUAGGUGCCAGGUGGGAGGAGAAACUGAGGUGUCCAUUCUUACUCUGAGGGACUGAGCUGGAGGGAUGACCGUCAGCAGGAGCUGUACAUACAGAGAGUGACAAGGGACAUGACUCCUCUUCAGGAUUGCUCCAGAAAAGAGAAAAAAAGUGGUGGACAUUGUUGAUACCUUGUGUCCCUGGAAGCAACAGAAUAGGUGAUAAUGGCUUUCCCAAGGGAGGGAGAGGGGAGAGUGAUCUCAGAGCUGAGAAUCACCUCAUUUUCCAGAGAGGCUGUUGUUGGUCUUUCACCUAUUGCCAUUUAGGUUUCCUUGCCUUCAAGGCUGUAUUUUGGCAUACAGAAAGAGCAGAGGAGUGGCUGAGGGAUUUGAAUUCCCUCAGGUGGUUAUUACAAACUGUACUCAAACUAUAGGUGCAGAAUUUGGGUGCUCUAAAUCACGUGCUUUGUUUCCGUUUGACAUAGUUUGUCAUACGUGUGAUAGCCUCCUGACAUAGAUGCUCUAAGUCAAAUCUUUGAUGCCAAAAGUUACCUAAACUGGUUGAUGGGAUUGCCAUCACCUCUCUGCUUUUAGCAUUAUGCUUUGUUAUCACAUUAAAAAGCAACAACGUUAAAAGCAUUUCAGUUUGUGCAUUUACAGUACGGUACUAAGAACUAGAGUCAUGCCAAAUGCUGCUACUUCUUGCUGCUUGCUACUUUUUCUGCUGAAUUCAAUUGCGAGGACAUUUCUGCUGUAACACACAUACAUCUAACGGCCAUCCUGUGCAUCUUGUCACUUGAACAUUUCUCAGAUGUCUGAUGUGAAUCAUCAUCCUUGAUUAAUAUAAAUAAUAAGAUGAAAUCCCAAACCAAAAAAGGAGAUGAGACACUGAACUGCCCACACAAAACAUUUGAUAACAACUGUCAGGCUGUAUGACAUAGGUCAGUGCAGAAAAUCUUGUGGUUAAUAGCUCUGCAAUGGGGUUUGAAUUACUCAUCAGUAUUUUUUUUCUAUGACCAAGCAGUUUAGCUUAGAUCAAAUGAAGGAGCUGCAAUGUGCAUUAAAGAUCUUUCACGGAUAUUAUCUUUACUAUGAGUUUAGAAAGAUCUGUGUUAUGUGGGUUUCUCUCUUUAACAAUGUGAAUACAGUAUCUCUCUCUGCAAUGAAAAUGUGAAUGCAUACUCUACUUAUAAGAUAAUCUUGAAUUCUUCCAUUUCUGCAUUUUUGUCAUUUCCAUGCUAAUGUAAUCCUUUUUGGUCUUAAACAGGUGCCACUGUAUGAAGCUGUUCUCUGACUUUUUGGGUCUUUUCCAUGUAAUAGGUACAGAGGUCAUAGGCAGCACCAUGUCCAGUUUUAAAAAUAAAUAUUCAGUGAAACGUAGAACAAGGAAUCUGCUUUUUCUGUUUGUUCACAGCAAAUUGGGGAUGAAAUAUGGAAAAAAAAAUCAGCUUUUAAUUUCACUCAUCUUCUUAAACAUUAUUUCAAUGAAGUCAGAGCCAAAUUACUUUGAUGGAAAAUACUGGCAUUCAUGUAGAAUCAUUUUGGGAAAAUAACUUACUAUUUAAGAUUCUCUAUUUUUAUUUUUAUCAGUAAGGAAGCUGAAAAGAUAAGACUGCUUAAAGAAUGGUAUUUGUUAAGUGAUUGUGGACAAAGUAUCAUUGGACCUCGUGUAUUUUCAGAAAAGUUUUAACUGGACGUAUGAUGUAACUUGUUUAGAGUUGCAUGUGAAUCGUGUUAGUCACUGUUUUACAUUGUAUUGUUCUGCAGUGCACAAAUAUGACUACUGAACACAGAAGUGUUACAUUUCAUCAAACUUAAAAUCUUGUUGCAGUAUAGUUUCCCACUUUUUGUGCCAAAAACAUCAGUACAUUCCAUAAUCUAUUCUAAUAGAGAUUUGCACUUUGAUUUUUUUCUUUCUUUUUGUGAUCCUUUCAGUUUCAUUACUAUAUAUCCCCAUCACAAUGGAAUAAAGUGUCAAUUGUACUGUGAA